AUGUUUGCAGAUUAAUUACGUAUAUGCAUCAAACCACAUAAUAUUAUGUAUUUUUAAAUUAGUGCAAGUUAUAAAUUAUAAACUGAUUCAAAUGAACAUGCCAUAAUUACGAUUUUUUCGUGUCCUACUAUCGUAUUAGCAACACUUGUGUUCCCGUUUAUCCGUUAUCGCAUUUUAUAGCUGUUGAUAGCAAGUUAGGUACAAUACAACAAGGCCAUCGCACAGUGUCUUAUUUAUACAUGUUGUGGUAUCAUCGGUAUCGAUAUUGACACACGGUAAAACCUACUAUACGCCUUACCUUCGUACGCUCAAAGCUAAUAACUGUCUCUAGAAUAAAUUCAGAUUAGCACUGUUAUCCUUUGAGGCACAAUGGUAUGCGUUUGUCGAUUCUACGUCCGUUUCCUAAAUUGGAAUGACUAUUAAGACAUCACAACCAGAGCACUGUUCAGUUUGCAAUAAGCCCCAUUGACUAUAGGUAUGUAUGUCUGAGCACUGUUCCAAUAUUAAAGAAAAAUAAAGGAUUCUAUCCUACAAUAUGGAAGAAAAAAAUAAAUAUGAUUAUGGAAUCAAAUCAACUUUAGCUCAAUGUUGGGCAAUAUCAGGACCGUGGUUAUUGCAUAUUGAUCUCGGCAUACAAGUCAUAACAUCCACAAUAGUCAUAGGCACCGUAGAAAACAACGCGUUCAAAGACAAAAACGAAUUUUUGACCAUAACAAGCGAAGAAGCAUCUUGGUUUGGUAGUCUGCAAUAUUUAUUCACACCUUUGGGAAAUGUUUUUUCUUCGCUUUUGUUGGACCGUUUUGGUCACAAGAAGUGUAUGAUACUGACAAACAUACCGUGCUUAGUAGCUCAGAUCAUACUUUAUUACGCCAAAAAUGUAGAAAUGUUGUACGCCAGCUCAAUCCUGAUGGCACUGAGCAUUGGGCUUCUGAAAGCCCCGAGUCUUGGUUACACCGGUGAAGUGUGCGAGCCGAAACUAAGAGGAACCUUGACUUCUACAAUGACCAUAUUUUACUAUAUGGGAACCAUAAUAUUGACUAUGAUGCACAGUAUUACCAAACAAUGGAGAUUGACAAUGAUAGUGGCUACGAUGUUUCCAAUUAUGACCAUUAUUAUAUUAUUAACGACACCAGAAUCUCCGAUGUGGUUACUGGCCAACGGAAAACCUUUGAAAGCACAACAAAAUCUUCGCAGAUUGAGAGGAAAAGUAUCGCACGAAAAAUGUGAAAACGAAUUUCAAGAAAUGAUUAAAUACAGUGUGCCCGCUAAAAGUGACGAACCGAAUGAUAAAAAUGAUACAAAUGCUUUGAAACAACUUUUUGAGCCCGAAGUACUAAGACCAUUUCGUUUAAUGAUGAUAUAUUUCUUCUACAGGAAUUUAUUUUCUUUAUUAACAUUAUUACCGUAUUUAGUAUCAAUAUUUAAUAAAUUUGGAGCACCCGUAAACGUCGAAUGGACAAUAUCAUUUUCAAUGAGCCUUUGUAUAGUGGGAAGUGUAAUGGCAACUUUUCUAAUACGUACAUUAGGCAAACGAUUUCUAACGUUAUUAUCAUUAUCGGUUUGCUCCGUUUGCUAUAUAAUUAUUGGAGUAAUCGGUGUUAAUUGGACAAAUGCGGAACCAUUAAAAUCUUGGAUAGUACUUAUACUUUUUUUUAUCAAUAAUUUAAUUUCAUCGGCUGGAUUAACGCCUAUCACAUGGACACUUCUCACUGAAAUAUUUCCUGCAAAGAGCAAGAACAUUGCAUGCAACAUUAGUACAGCAUUAUUCUUUGUGAUCACCUUCUGCAUGACAAAAUAUUAUCCAGAUUAUUCACAUUUAGUGGAAUUUUAUAAUGUAUUUACUAUAAAUGGUAUUAUUGGUUUAUUUGGCUGUAUAUAUUUCUAUUUUUGUUUACCAGAAACCGAAAAUAAAACCUUACAAGAAAUUUCAGAGAAUUUCAAAUAGAAUUUAAAGUUGAAAUGUAAAAUUUUUUUCUUCAUUAUAUAACAGUCACAAAGAUUUUUGCUCUAUCAAAGACAAUUUAGAACUGAUUUUUUUCACACUUAUAAUUUUUUUUAUUGAUUUGUUUUUGUUUAUCUAAUUUACGUUUUUUCGUACAUUUCUGAUAUUUUUAACCUGUAAAUUAAGUCUAUUUCAAAUGUUAAUUUUUCCUGAUACAAUAUUCUUUAAAUGUUUAUUAUUUAAAUGUAUUCAUCAAAAUUGUGAAAUUUCUUUGUAUUAUAUAUUUUAUAAACCUUUGUCGUCUAUAAUUAUUAAAUAGUUUAUCUUUAAAUUAUAUACUACCGCAUUUCAAAGACGUAACUGCUGAAUGUAAAAUUGAGUUUUAAUAGUAUUAAUAUUAAUAAUAUAAUAUAACUCGUAA